UGAACUUAGAAUUUUCAACACUGGGAAGAAGAUGAUGAUCCUCUCUCUUCUCUGGAUGUUCUGCUUAAUUUCUGGAGCUUUCAGUAUUGGGCAUCCAACCAAUGAUUACUGGAGAGAGUAUGGGCCGUAUGGAGCCUGCAGCCGCACCUGUGGCACAGGAGUAGCUGUGAGAACCAGGAUCUGUAACACCAUGAGGACGGAUGGUGGGCACAAUUGUGUGGGGCCAUCCAAGUCCUAUAAACUCUGUAACACACAGGAAUGCGCUGAUGGGUCUAGAGAUUUCCGUGAACAACAGUGUUCUCUGUUUGACCAAACGGAAUUCCAGGGGAAAAGUUACACCUGGCGGCCAUAUCAUGGAGGUUCGAACCCAUGUGAGCUCGUGUGUGUGCCCAGCGGUGAGAACUUCUACUACCGGCACCAAGCAGCCGUGGUGGAUGGCACACCAUGUUACACAGGCCGCAGAGACGUCUGUGUGGAGGGUGUCUGCAGAGCGGUGAGCCGUGGAAAGAUUGUGGAUUUGGAGGAUCGCUCUUUUCCUGUCACUUCCAGACAUGACACUGAGGAAGUAAACCACAUAAUAGGCACCUACAGGUACACAUAUGAACCCUAUUCAGAGUGCUCGGUUCACUGUGGUCAGGGCAUACAAACCCGUACAGUCCAAUGUAUUAAUGAAAGAACAUCAGUUGUGGUCGAUGACUCCCACUGCAUGGCACAAGGCCACAGGAGACUGACUUCCCAGCAGGCCUGCAACCAGCGUCCCUGUGUCGAGUACAGUGUCGGCCCAUUUGGUGACUGUUCGGUGACAUGCGGCAAGGGACAGCAGACUCGAGAGGUCUUCUGCAUCAGGGACAGAGGGCGGCGCAUCCCUGAGCACCACUGCAGUAGCCUUACACGCCCACAUGACAUCACAUCCUGUCAGAGACCAGCGUGCCAACAAGUUUUCAGAUACUACACCAAUGACUUCAGCCUGUGCACUCGUAGCUGUGGAACUGGUACUCGGGAACGCAGAGUUGUGUGCAUGGAUCUGGACCACAAUCAAUACGCAGAAGAAAGAUGCGCUUCUCUUAGGAAACCUCACACUGUGGAGAACUGCAACACACAGACCUGCCCCAGUGCACAGAUGGUGCCCAGUGUCCAGAACCCAAAUGGCUACGAGAAUACCUUGCGCGGACUUGUGCCUCAUACCCAUGAUGCUCCCUUAGUUUACAGACCAAGUGAUCCGUACCCUGCAGUGAUUGGCCCAUAUUGUGCCCAGUCAUAUUUCGGCUGCUGCCCUAAUGGCCACACCGCUGCCUCUGGGCCUCUAGGAGAAGGCUGUGCUAAAAAAGACUGUAAUAGGACCAGAUAUGGCUGUUGUCUGGAUGGUGUUACUGCUGCCCAAGGUUUUAAAAGAGCAGGAUGUCCUGAGUUCAAUAGGGAUUAUAGUUCAGACCGUGUCCACUCCACUAGUGUGUGCGGUUUGGCACGAGAUGAUGGGCCUUGUUAUGAAUGGACAUCUCGUUUCUUCUUUGAUCGUUCUUCUGACUCCUGCUCACAUUUCUGGUAUGGCGGUUGCCAUGGGAAUGGCAAUAACUUUGUCUCCAAGGAGGAAUGUGAGAGGACAUGCAAGGGUGCUGUCAGAGUUCUUGCCCCAAGGGAGCCAACAUCCAGGAAAGGGAUCAAACCGAUCAAAGUUUAUAAAAUGAGAUCACGUGCACAUAAGUUUUAAAAAAGAUGUGUCAUUAAAACACAGAAACAGUCAAGCAAAUUUAAUUCACAUGCAUAUACAAAGCUGAUUACUACACAUACACAAUUUAAGGUGCACUCAGUAAUAAAUAUUUUUGAUGGAUGAUUUACUCAUAUAGGGCAAAGUAUAUAAUAACUGAGAGGCUAGUGAGAUAUUAUAGUAUUUGGCUUGGCUUGUGAUAUUAAAAUGUCAGCCUCAGACCCCAUGAGCCAACCGGCUUUACGCAGAAUAAAACAUCUGUUUUUAAGGGAUUGAUAGACUGCAGUUUGUCUAAUGUGAGUGAACACCAUAUUUACUGAGGGUAUAUUUAAGCUUUUUGCUGUUGUUUGAGAA